CACGUGCUUCCGAUGGUCGAGUUGGUCCUGGCAGGCAAGCGCGAGUUCGUGGACGCAGCGCGGGCGACAGCGCUCCUCGCGCCCUUCGAGGCCUCGUCGAGCUUCUACCGCAUCUCUCUCCGCGACAAGAGCUACUCGCUGGACGCCGCCAAGGUGCUCGCGACCUUCCUCAAGACCAUUCCGGACGGCCUCCGCGUGGCCGACUUGGCCGACAUGAUUGCUGGCCGCCCCGAAGACGAGGCUCUUGAAGUACUCGAGACUGUCUGCCACGCGCUGCACGGCCACCAGCUCGUCGAGAUUGACCUUAGCGACAACGCGCUCGGCGAAAAGGGCAUCCGCCGCUGCUUUGGCGUCCUCGAGCGUCAGCAGCACCUCGAGCGUCUGUACCUCUGCAACAACGGCCUCUCGGCCGAAUCGGCGCAGGUCGUCGCGGACGUCCUUCUCUUCCGCGGCAAGGACGCGCCGUCGACGCUCAAGACGUUCCAUUUCUACAACAACAUGAGCGGCGACGGCGGUGCCAAGGCGCUCGCGACCCUCCUGCCGGCGUGCCAGCACCUCGAGGACCUCCGCUUCUCGACGACGCGCGCGCAGCGUGAGGGCUGCCGCGUCUUUGCCGCCGCGCUUGGCUCGCUCCGGAACCUCAAGCGCGUGGAUCUGAGCGACAACACGUUUGGCGCCGAAGGGGCCAUCGUGCUCGCCAAGGGCCUCGGUCUCCAGUCGCAGCUUGAAGUGCUCAACCUCCGCGACGCUUCGAUUGGCGACGACGGUUUGAUUGCGAUCUCGGAGGCGCUCAUCACCAACAAGGUGGCCGGCAUCCGCAUCCUCGACGUCUCGGGCAACGACCUCACGGAAGCCUCGAUGGCCGCACUUGCCCGCCUCGUCCAGGCCCUUCCGCAGCUCGAAGAGCUCCGCAUCGAAGAGAACGAAAUCACUUCGUCGGGUGCGCAGCUCCUCGCUCGUGUCCUCCAGAAGAAGACGGUCGCCAAGCACCUCCGCGUCUUCCAGUCCAACACGAACGAACUUUGCAGCGUCGGUGGCUGGCACUUGGCCAAGGCGCUCGCCCACAAGGCCCAGUUGACGCGCGUCGAACUCGAUGGCAACAUGUUCUCGGACGACGCGCUUACCAAGAUCGAAGCGCAAUUCAACACUGGGAUCCUUGUUGAAAUUGAAGACAACAUGGACGACGAGAACGAGGCGGACGAACUUCUUGACGACGACCUCGACUGGUCGGACGACGAGACCGACUCGGAACCCGACGCUGGUGUCGACGCUGCGACGUCGUCGCUCGCCGCGACGAGCAUCUCGACCGAUGCCAAGCUCGUCUUUGAAGCCAAGCGCGAGGUCGUCAACGCGGAUCGCGCCCACGAGCUCCUCGCGCCGUACGCUGGCCAAACUCACUUUCACACGAUCUCGCUCCGCGGCAAGAGCUACACGAUUGAUGGCGCGCAUGUUAUGGCCGCGUUCCUCUCCAAGGUCCAAGGUCUUCAGGUCGCCGACCUCGCCGAUAUCAUCGCCGGUCGCCCCGAAGACGAAGCGCUCCUUGUCCUCUCGGCGAUCUGCGAGUCGCUCAAGGGCCACGUCCUCGACACGAUCGACCUCAGCGACAACGCGCUGGGCGAGAAGGGCGUCCGCGCGUGCUUUGCGAUUUUGAUUCCGCAGCCCAAGCUCCAGCACCUCCUUUUCGAGAACAACGGCAUCUCGGCGGCCGCCGCGGCCGUCAUCGCCAACGAAGUCGUGCUGCAGACGCCUGUCUCGACGCUCAAGACGUUCUCGUUCUUCAACAACAUGAGCGGCCACGACGGGUGCCUCGCGAUUGCCAAGAUGCUGCCCGGGUGCCCGCACCUGACGACGUUCCGCUAUGCGAGCGCGCGCGCGGGCUUGGACGCGAGCCAGGAGCUCGCCCGCUCGAUUGCCGCCAACCUCUCGCAGCUCGAGUCGCUCGAUCUGAGCGACUGCUCGUUUGACGACGAUGGCGUGAAGGCGCUCACGGCCGCCCUCCGCAAGCAGACAAAGCUCCGCGUGCUCAAGCUCCGCGACGCGUCGCUCGGCCCGGACGGCGCGGUCGCUGUGGUGCGCGCACUCGACCAUGUGCGUCUGACGUCGCUCGACCUCUCGGGCAACGAGUUGGAGGACGAAGGCAUGAGUAACCUCGCGAAUGGCCCGCACUCGCUGGAGGCCCAGAGCGACCUGGUCGUGCUGCGCCUCGACGAGAAUGAGUGCACGAGCAAGGGCCUCGCGGUGUUUGCGGAUGAGAUUCGCGCGUCGCUGACAAAACUCGAAGAGCUCUCGCUCUGUGGCAACGAAAUCACGGCCAGCGGCGCGAUUUCGCUCGUCAAGACGGGCCUCGCGACCAAGUCGCACCUCAAGCGCUUGCACUUGGACGCCAACAUGAUUUCGUCGGCCGGGCUCACCAAGCUCAACGACCUUCUUGCGAGCGUCGGGAAGGUCCACGUGCUGGGUCCGAUGGACGAGAACGACGACGAGGCCGAGUCGAGCGACGACGACGACGACGACAACUAGAGAGAUCCCUAUAACACGAAUGUAAUUACCCUUUUUCUAUCAAGACA